CUUUUGUUAUACCUCCUGCAGUUCUCAAGGCGAAGGAGCAUUUUAACAGGGGCACAUCAUGCUGCGCAAGGCCAGCAGGGCGUUUGCACAGCCCCAAUACUCGUUACCGCGGCCUUCCACUAAUCCUAAUCACGAUCUCUCUUCAACCUCCUCUGGAACAGAUAUAUGAGCGCGAGCGUUUGAAAUAGCACCUUCAUCGCCGGAACUGUUUCUCGACACGGAAAGGGGAAUCGCGAAAAAGAGGCUCAGUUUCCUCCACAACAAGCGAGGCAGAGAUGGGCGAUCUCGAAGCUGCAGAAAAGGAAGGAUGCGAUGAACGACGGACUUAUACCUACCGCCCGAUGGAGUCCGCCACAACCAUCCGGUUGCUAGAACUAAGUCCAGGUGCCGAAGAGAACCCUUUACGCGGAAGACUGCGCCAUAUCGACAUAGACCAGCCGGGCUAUCCCGCCUUCGACCCAGUCACAAUGGACCGCGACGAACCAGACAUGCUCCACGAGUCGGCUUCCGAUCCUCAAUGUCCACGCUACGAAGCCUUGUCCUAUGUCUGGGGACCCGUGGUCUACUCGCACCCUCUCCACUGCGACGAAGGCAAAGUCUUCAUCACACCCAGCCUCGACGAAGCCCUACGGCGUCUCAGACUAUCAGACCGCGUUCGAGUCCUCUGGGCGGACGGAGUGUGCAUCAAUCAAGCAGAUGUGCAGGAGCGCGGUCAGCAGGUCAAGCUAAUGGGCAGCAUCUACAGCAAAGCCUCGCGCGUGUUGAUUUGGCUAGGCGCCGAUCCUUCAAACAAGGCGCCUGAGACCUUCCAGCUAAAGUUCGGCCUUAACGAGACUCUUACGACGGAACUGUUAGUGAACUUCGUAAAGAGCUGCAGUUGGUUUGAGCGCAUGUGGGUGGUGCAAGAAGCGUACCUCGGCCAAACGGCGCUUGCUAUAUGGGGCGAUGCGGAGAUAAGCUUCCACGAGCUGGAGAGCGCUAUGGCGAUAGUCCGGGGAAGGAUCCCGCGCGAGAGGGCUUGGAUGAUACGCAUGUAUCACACAAACUCCGCACCCUUGGACUUCUUCCAGACGCUCAGCUCUACAAGGCACCUAAAAUGCUUCGACGCCCGGGACAGAAUCUUUGCGCUCCUCGGACUCCCAUACAAGGCCAGAGACCAGAAAAUCGUCAGCAAGAUCGUACCGGACUAUACAGUACCAGUGCAUGAGCUGUACUACCAGGUUGCGUGCCGAAUGAUUGAGGCCGGGAGGGGCGCCGAUGUGCUACGCUUGGUGCUCCACGGGUCAAGUCUGGCGAAAUGGCCUCCAGACCUCCCAUCAUGGGUGCCGAACUGGGCCGACUCUUCCGCUUCGUGCUUUCCGUCUCUCUCCCACUGGAGGAUGGAGGUGCGCUCGUGGGCGUCCCUCGAUCAAUCCAACCUGAGUCUCAUUGCGCAGGGCUACACGCUCGACCGGGUGUUGGCAGCGUCGGCAUCUUGUUGGAAUGAGGAAUUUUCUGGCAUGGAUACAAUAUCUGUAACAUCCUUCUGGGAAACCAACAUCAAGUCGAUGACUGAAAAGCUUAACCGACGUGGGGAUCUUUUCUUCUGCGAAGCGAUCACAUGUGGAGGAGGCUUUUACAGCUUAGGUUGGGCAGACGCUCAGCAACAGUCUGCUGAAUGGUUCCUGAAAUUCUGGAGCGCCGAAAGAGCUGCUGCGCAGACCAUGCAGGUCUCCGGCCUUGGCGAAGAAAUGAUUGUAUCUAUCCGUCGAAGCAUUACGGCCGUGAAAGAAGAGACGAAGGAGCACGAAAACAAACCGAUCAGAAUCCCGGCUCCUGAGCGAUUCCGACACUACCUCAGGGGACGCAAACUAUUCAUUACUUCUAAUCAACACAUCGGGUUAGGUCCGGAAGCCAUGCGAGACGGAGAUGCCAUCGCUCUUUUGGACGGAGCAGAUACCCCCAUGGUCCUGCGUCAACAGGAAAGCUUCUACCAAGUCGUUGGAGCAGCAUACAUAUCAGGCCUUAUAGACGAAGAAGGAAUCCAAAUGCGGGAGCAGAUGAGCGACAAGCUUGAAACUUUCGAGCUCAGAUAAUACAACUAUCCUACACUCCUCGUUGCUAUGCGCACGUCGAAAAAGAAGUAUCUAGUCCUACGUGUAAGAACAGAAAGUACUAACCUCUUUUUACUUCUAGAUAGCCUUCUACUGCCCGCCGCACCUGUCUGCAUCUUAUUAGUCCUGCGCUCACCUACUCUGAUGCCCUGGCCAUUAGAGGGAUACUAAAUAAUCGUCCCCUCUAAUCUUUCUCUUCUGGAUGCGAUAUGCAGCAAAGCGCCCCACGAAGGUGGUUGCUAUCAAUAUUGUAAGGGCAAUCAUCCAUCGUUCAAUGUUUG